UCUUCACUAGAUCUAUCAUCUGAGGGAAUCAAGAUGUUGGCUCUUCUCAUUUUAUCUGCUCUAGGACGGGAUCACAGAGCUGAUGGUACAAGAAAUACGCUUCCACUGGAUAUGGCGCCAAAUUCGGUUGAUGAUCAAUAUGAGGGUUGUAGAGAGAAAAUGGCAGACUUGGUGAAAACAAAAUAUCUGCAGAUGGAAAUGAGUAACUCAGAACUGUUUAAGAACACUUGGCAUGACGCUGAAAAGAAAGCCAACAAUCCAGAGGAUGAUUUGAAGCAGAUUCAUUCAGUCGCCCUUUAUGUGUACACUAACAACAAUUCUAAUGUGUUUCGUGACUUUAAUAAUGCUGUUCGUGGUGAGAGACAAAAGUACAAAGACAAGACAUUUACAUGGUAUUCACUUCACUUUCUGUUAACAGAAGCGACACACAUUCUGAAGAAAACGCAAAAUGAUUGCUAUUCAACUUAUCGAGGUACUACAGUUGAAUUCGAUAAGGACUCUCUCAACAAAGAGAUUCGUUUCGGCUCAUUUACGUCCUCCUCUUCGGACCAAGCAGUAGCGAAUAGUUUCGGACCUAGAUCCUGUUUUGAAGUUCACACUUGUGAAGGCGUUUCUGUGAUAAAAUACUCAAAGUAUCCCGAUCAGAAAGAGGUGCUGAUUCCUCCGUAUGAGAAGUUCAAAGUCACUGCCGUCAAGACAAAAGGUCAGAAAGGUGCUUGGUGUGACACCGUGUUCACUUUGAAAAGCACUGGGAGAGUAAGUAACAGUAACUGUGGUGUUGUUGCAAAAAUAGUUCAAGACAGGCAGAAAAUUUUAAUGAUUAAAUCUUAAUUCAAUUUUCCAGUUUACCUGCUUUGUCUUCAUGGUCUUUCACAUGUAACGCUGUGUAUGUAAAAUGAAUAGGCAAAAAAAAGCAUGCUUUAACACUCUA